AUGCUGAUGUUUGGGGUCUUCUUAAAGUUUGUUUUACUAAGUAAUUUGGAAGACAACCUUGAUGACAAUAAUGAUGAAUUCUAUGAUUUCCUUUCUAACAAGGUACAGGGAACCAUCCUUCCAGCUCCAGAUUUCAGUCCUGUCAUGGAUGCUCAAAUGAUAGGAGGAGCCCUUCAAGAAUAUGACUGCAACAAAGACAUGUUGAUUGAUAUUUUAACUCAGCGCUGUAAUGCACAAAGGAUUAUGAUCGCAGAGGCAUAUCAAAGCAUGUAUGGCAAGGAUUUAAUUGCAGACCUGAAGGAGAAUCUUUCUGGGCAUUUUAAGGAUGUUAUGGUUGGUCUGAUGUAUCCACCACCAUCUUAUGAUGCUCAUGAGCUCUGGCAUGCCAUGAAGGGAUCAGGCACAGAAGAGAAUUGCCUCAUUGAUAUAUUAGCAUCAAGAACAAAUGGAGAAAUUUUCCAAAUGAAAGAAGCAUACUAUUUGCAAUACAAUAGUGACCUUCAAGAAGACAUUUACUCAGAGACUUCUGGACACUUCAGAGACACACUUAUGAAUCUAGUUCAGGGAACCAGGGAAGAAGGUUACACCAAUCCUGCUAUGGCUGCCCAGGAUGCAAUGGUUCUAUGGGAAGCUUGUCAACAAAAGACAGGAGAACAUAAAACUAUGCUACAAAUGAUCCUUUGUAACAAGAGCUACCAGCAAUUAUGGAUGGUUUUUCAGGAAUUUCAAAAUAUUUCUGGACAAGACAUGGUAGAUGCCAUUAAUGAAUGUUACGAUGGAUACUUUCAGGAGCUACUUGUGGCAAUAGUUCUCUGUGUCCGGGACAAACCUGCCUUCUUUGCUUAUAGGCUGUACAGUGCAAUCCAUGAAUUUGGUUUCCAUAACAAAACUGUUAUCAGGAUUCUAAUUGCCAGAAGUGAAAUAGACCUGAUGAAUAUAAGAAAAAGAUAUAAAGAAAGAUAUGGAAAAUCUCUGUUUCAUGAUAUCAAAAAUUUUGCUUCAGGACAUUAUGAGAAAGCUUUACUUGCCAUCUGUGCUGGUGAUGUUGAAGACUAUUAAAAGAAAAAAGAUUUUGGGAGACCACAACCCCAUUCUUUAAAGAAGUCUCCAAAUAUUGACAUUUCUUCACAAAUGUAGGCUGUUGAUUAUCUCUGAAAGGAAUUUGGAAGAAUCACAAGGUCCUCCUUUGAAUUAGCAUUCUUUCUUUCUUUUUUAAAAAACUGAACCAAAAAUAUGUAUUUGUCAAGAUACAUGUUUAUUUCUUUUAAAUGUAUCUUUUCUAAAUAUAGCACUUCACUACUUUAUGAAUCAUGGAAUAAUAAAAAUAAA